AUGUCCACGCCCAUGCCACGAUCCACGGACCCCCCGCACCGAAAUGUCAGGGCUGCCUCGCAGCAGGUCCCAAUCGCGCCCGCCCCAGCUGUGGCUCGCUUAGUCAACGCACCUAGUGGCGCUGCUACCGAGUUGACCACCACCAUGCCCUUCAACUGCCAGGCUUGCGUGCGGAAAAAGAUCAAGUGCGACCGAGGUGUACCGGUAUGCUCGAGCUGCCGCAAGUCAAAACUGCAGUGCGUUUACAAGGCCCCCGCGCCGCCGAGGCGGAAGCGGAGGCGGAGCCAGACUCAACAUGCGCUCGAGCGCAUCUUGCCUGAAAAUCCCGUUCCCGCGGCCUUGUCUGCAUCAGCUUCCUCCACCUACGACGCGGCGACUCCUGUGCUCCGCGCUCAAACUCCAUUGGCUGCGCCGGCUGCGCAACCGGCCAAGCCAGGCAAGCUGCUGUCUGGCGACGGCAAGUCUCGAUACGUGGACAACGUUCUUCUUCUGGACGACGAUGAAGGCAACUUGGAUGAGCUGUCCAGUUCUGAUCAAGGUGAGUCCUAUAGUGAUGACGGCGGGCCUGACGAAGGCACCCCCACCGGCCUACUUGGCCGUCUCGCAGCGCACGCAGUGGCUGGGGCGGUGUUUGGAGGCACGCAGAGCCUCACCGAACAACAUCCGACCCGCCAGGACGCGAUGAAGCUUUGGGACGCAUACGUGAACAAUGUCGAGCCUCUCUGCAAGGUCCUUCAUAUUCCCACCGUGGUAAAAAUGGUCGAAUCGGUCUCCCAGCAGCCUAGCACAGCUUCGAAAAGCGAAGAAUGUCUGCUUUUCGUCAUAUACUACUUUGCCGUCUUCUCCAUGUGCGACGCCGACUGUCUUCGAGAAUUUGCCGUGUCGAGGAACCGCUUGAUGUCCAAAUAUCGUAGUGCCGUCUGCCAGGCACUUGUUAACGCGUCGUGGCUCAGGACGACAGCGCUGCCGGUAUUGCAGGCGUAUAUACUCUUUCUCAUUGCAAUGCGAAGUGAAAUCGACCCCGAUACAUUUUGGAUUUUGACAGGCAUUGCGAUUCGUCUCGCCCAACGCAUGGGACUGCACCGGGAUGGUGAGAAACUCGGCCUGCCACCCUUUGAUAUUCAAAUGCGCCGGCGGCUCUUCUGGCAGCUUCUUCCGCUCGACGGCUACGCGGGCCAGGUUUCAGGCACUGGAAUCUCUAUAUCCCCGGAUAGCUGGGACACCCAACCCCCGCUGAAUAUUAACGACGACCAAAUCUUCCCCGGGAUGACGGAACAGCCACAGGAGCAAAGAAGGGCGACCGAAAUGAUAUUUUGCUUGGCUCGAAUCGAACUUUCCAACUUCUACACCCGCACUGGCGUCCAAAUGAAGCAUGGCGGUACGACAAUUCAGUUUAGGGACGCAGAGGAUGUGGAGAGGCUGAUUGAUGAGGUCGAAGGCCUCAUCGAGACCAAAUUCCUUCGGUACUGCGACAUCUUGAACCCCUUGCAUUUUUUGGCCACGGGCGUAGUACGGUCGGCCACUGACGCCAUCCGACUACGUACUCGAAUGCCGCCGUUGAUCAAGCAAACCAUUAAUGACACCCAACGAAAGGAGCUCUGCGCACUUGCGCAGACUAUCCUCGAUAGAAACAGCGCGAUUUACAGCAAUCUGAACUUGAAGAAGUUUCGGUGGCAGAUGCGGGCCUUUUUCCUGUGGGAUGCGCUUCUGUGUAUCCUGCUCAGCCUCGUUAAGGUGGGAUUCUACUCGCCGUCCGAGCUCAAUGCCACAUGGGGCAAAGUCGGUGAAGUCUACUCGAAUUACGAAGAAUUGGCGAAGGGUAAACAGUCCUUGCGUGUGUCUAUUGGUAGAGCCACGCUUAAGGCGUGGAUUGCGAAUCCGCCAAGUAACGCCCCUCGGGAGCCCGCUUUCAUAACCGCUCUGCGCGCUCAGGCUCAAGGGAAAGAGCAAAGGCGAGAGCAGAGCGUCAACGCCAAUGCAGAGGUUGACUCCGAGGCUGCAGAUCCCGGACCGGUGUUUGAUGAGCUCUUUGGCAACAUGGAUGGAGCAGAUAUGAAUCACAAUGGCGACUUUAGUUUAAGCUCUUUAGACUGGGCAUUUUGGGAUCAGUCGUGA